CAAAAUGCAUGCACCCUCCAGCAAAAUGUUCUUAUUGAAAAUAAUCCUGAUUACAACUCUUGUUGUCGUGGUAUCUACAACGAAAGCGCAGAUUAGAAAAAAAAUUCAUGACACGGAACGUACGCUAUCCGCAGGAAAGUUUAAGUAUGGGCGAGGAAAUAUGAUCAAUAACUGGUGUCCAGUUGCCAAACCUAAAGACUGUGGAGAGAUAGACCCAGCACAUUGUAAAAGUGGAGUUUAUACAAUCUUCCCACCAGGAUUAAAACCAUUUGACGUUUACUGUAAACUGACCAAUCAAGGGAAAGCUUGGACAGUUAUUCAAAGACGGUUCGAUGGAAAAAUAGAUUUCUACAGAACAUGGAAAGAAUAUGAGUUCGGGUUUGGUACUCUAAAAGGAGAACACUGGCUUGGUAAUGACAAAAUACAUAUUUUAACUUCCGGAGGCAACUCUGAAUUAAGAAUAGAUCUUGAGGAUUAUGAUGGAGAAGCCAGAUACGCUUUAUAUAGGAAGUUUUCAGUUGGAGAUUCUAAAUCAAAAUACAAACUGGCAAUUAAUGGUUAUAGCGGAAAUGCAGGAGAUUGCUUACAUGGUCAAAAUAACAUUCGUUUCUCGACUCACGACCAGGACAAUGAUCUUGAAAAUGGCAACUGUGCGCUUUGGAGCAAAGGCGGAAACUGGUAUACAAAUUGUUAUUCAUCAAAUAUAAACGGAGCCUAUCUUAAAGGCGAAACCAAACUCAAAUAUCAAGGGAUGGUAUGGCCUUGUUGGAGAGGAUUCAGCUAUUCGUUAAAAUCGUCUACGUUAAUGAUACGUAGAACAUAAAUAA